UCAAUACGCUCGCGGCGUACAAUCUCAAUGUUGGGAGGAGACUGAUGAGCGCGAAAACGGUCACAGAAACUUUUUUUGAAUUCUCUGCCUCUGGUCUGUACUGCGUUUCUCAAAAUCGUGUUCUAGACGACGGCAGAAGCUCGAAGCGCGAGCCUUUUCCUCUCUCCUGAACCGCUUCUCUGCAAAAUCUGGGGUUUUUUUCUGGAGUCCUAAAUUUUCCUUUCCGUGAUUAAUUUUCACAGCUUGUGGUACAUAGUUAGGGUCUAGGGUUUCAGAUGUGGGCGAGAUAGCAGGAAUGGAGCUUUUCUCCUGGUUUGUAUAAGAUGAAUGUCGAUAGAGAAGAACAUGCCGGUGAAAGCAGUGGUGGCAGAUUUCACAUUUUGCAGCCGCUUCGGGACCUUGAAUCCAAUUGGGCUGUCGACCUCGCCAAAAACCUCGAGGAAUAUCUCUUGAAGAUUUGCGCCGGUGAGGUCGCCGGGGAAGAUGAUAGCCAUCUUUCCGUGAAUUUUGCUGAAGCUGCUCUGUUGCUUCAAGGGUCCAUUCAGGUGUACAGCCGGAAGGUGGAAUAUCUUUAUUCUUUAGUUCUGCAUGCCUUGGAGUUCAUUUCUCAGAAGAGACAACAGAAUAAUCCAGAAGAGACUUCGGUUCAGGCUGAAGGAAGCAAUCACCAUGAAGUUGCUGAUGAGGAGAAUGAAUUAUUUCUCGGUUUAGAUGAUGUUCCUGUGGAAUCUAAGAAUUGCCUCGAUGGUGGACUCAGUAAAGAUAAUAUUUUGGAUAACUACGCAAAGCCCCCUGCAAAUUUGGUUGUUCUGGAAGGGGAUUGUUUAGAUACAAGUGGUGAUUCUGGGGAAUUAGAAUCAUAUCUGCUGGCCACCACUGAUCUAUACCAGGAUUUUCUUCUGUUAGAUCCAUGUGAUGCUGCAUCAAUAAAUGAUUUUUUAAAGGGAGAUAAGGCUAAUAUAGAAAACAAUGUUGCUCAAAAGGGCAGCUCUUUGAGGUCUAAGACUCGCAAAAGUUUCCAAUCCCCAACAAGAAGGUCUGGAGGAACUGCGCAUAAAUCACCCUUUGGACAGAGUCAGGAUGUUAAUGUUAAUCGAACUCCUUUGGCUAAUUGUAACUUUGAAACCAAUGAUAAUUAUAUCUGGCCAGAUCCUCCUACCUGUAAUGUUCCUGAGAAUGACUACCAUGGAGAUGAAAUGGAUGCUGGAUUUUCAGAGCCUCAGAAUGAUUCUGAUGGCUUGGAUGAUGAUGAUGAUGAUGAUCCAUGGAAGCCUUUGAAUCCCCAUGAGCCUGGGAAUUUGAAAGUAAAACCUUUUAGAAAAUUAAAAGUUCUGAAAAGGCAGGACAUAAGUUCUACUCAGAAAAUGCCUCUGGCUACACAAUUUCCUUUAGCAAGACUCCGUGGGACCAUAAGUCCAGAAUUUUUGGAGAUGUGGGAGGCAAAACUCCAUGUCUGUGAAAAGCUGUGGAAGUCUCAGUCACCUCCACCUUAUGAAAAGCUACGACAAUCACUUGUUCUUGGAGGUCAUGAAAGCUGCAAUGGUUUUAGUAAUGCUGAAGAUGAAAACGAGGAUAUUGACCAUGAUUGCAACCCUGAUUUUGAUCAAGCUGAUGUUGACAUACCAGAGAGUACUUGCAUGGAUUCAGAACCUCCAUUCUGUGACAUGCAUGGGGAUGAUGUUCGUUUUGAUAACAAUGAAGCUUUUGAGCACGAAGAUCCAAAUUCUCACGCAAAUCUAGAAGAUCUUUGUCGUUUACACCUGGAUGCUCUCCUUGUUAGCAUAGCUGAAACUGAGAAGCAGACUGAAUUGGCUACUAGGGUUUCCACAUGGAAACAGCGAAUUGAACACACAUUGGAGGAGCAAGAUGCCCGCCCUUCAUUUGAUAUUCAUGAAUAUGGUGGGAGAGUUCUGGAGAAACUAUCCAUGGAAGCAGAUUGUCGAGGUUCCAUGUCCUUUGCAGAUAUUGUUGGUGGCCAAGAAAAGCAUGAUGUUGCUAGGACUUUCUCUGCUCUUCUACAACUGGUGAACAAUGGGAAUGUUGAUCUUGAUAGAGGUAACCCAAACAAUGAGUCUAUAUGCUACUCAGCUGUAAAUCCCUUUUCUGUGAGGCUCCUUAGUCACGAGAAGAGACAGGAGGAGGUGCAGCUCCGAUCAUUGAAGAAGAGAGUGAAAUCUCCUCCAAGUAAAAGGUGCACCAAAGGUGAUGGGAAGAAACCUGUUGGAGAACACUCAAACAGGAGCUCUGUAGGACUUGGAAAGGUUGGUGGAAUUAGAUGCACCCAUGAAGGCAAGAGAAGACGUAGAUCUCGAUUAAUUGAACCAGUUGACUUAUCUGCAGGAUAACACAAAAUUGGUUAUUCCUUGUAACUCUGUUUUGGAAGCAGGUGAAGCCAUGCUCUCUAUGGUAUCCUGAAAUUUCAACUCUCCUGUUGAAUAAAGCAUAGCAGAAGAGUUGGUGGCUCAGUCCGUGAAUAUUUUACUAACCCCUGUAGAUUGGCAGCCUGUAUCUGUAUUUAUUGAAUUAUGACGAUGACUUAGGUUUUGGUAGAUGCCCAUUGUAUCGUAGCUGUAGGCCUUGGCAACUUGUUUUAACCAAUAUCAAUGUACUUUGACCCAGACAUACAAUAUUCUGUGUGGAAAGAAAUGUCUGUCACUGCCAAUUUUAACA